CGCUACCACACAGAGAAGCACCGUACGACUGGGAAUGUUGACAUGGGAGCAGGCCCAUAAUAGUGCAAAUAAAACAGGAGCAAGUAGCCGUUUGUUCGAAGUAUACGUGGUGUGCUGGUUAAAGCAUAUGAUAUGAGCUCGAGGACGUCCCAUUACCGGCAAUCUCGAGCGUUAUCGCCCGAGAUAAGGAACCAGCUCACAUGUGUCAGCCAGAGUCCCAUCGCAAAAUAUGUCUUAGGUGCAGAGUUUGACAACCGUAUUGGAGCUGUGGUUAAGCACCAGAUACCUCGGAAGAUACCUGGGUUCAAGGAUCAACUGGGCUCUCUGGCGGAGCUGAUGAUUCCUUCAAGCAGUGAGCAUGUCGAGUACUCGUACUCUGUAUUCGUGCUCUACAAAGAUUCGUCCAACGUCUACAGAUUGCUCCCCGACAGUGAGAAGGAUAUGGUUGAGGAGGAUAGCCUGAGAUUGGACAAUCUGCAAUUGGGGUCAAUAAACACUAUCUAUGAACCGGUAUCGCAUGACGAUGAUAUGCUUUUUUUCUUCAACAUUACGCAUUCUGUCGAGUCAAGUCAGAACGAAAGGGGAAGGGCCAUAAGGUCGAUUGCGAUAGGAACACCACUGAGAAAUUUCUUCCUUUUUAAGCAUCUUAUAACAGCUACAGUUCAAUCAUAUAUACUGGAUCCACAGCUGUCUCACCUUACGGCGCUCUUCAACAUUGUCAAUUCCACUGACAUCUCUCUGUGGAAUAACUAUAUGGGUUGUAAUGCACACCUUCACAAUGUACUUGCCUUGAAUUACGAAUUCAACAACACAAUCAUACUGUCGUAUUUGAAAAGUCUCAAAGAAGACUCAUCAAAUACUCCGAAGGCUAAAUACAAGAAUGGUGUGCUUCAAUUCUUCUCCUCUUAUGACGUUACCAGCCUGUCGCCUCAGGAUUCGAUUUUGGCAAAAAUUCCUUUCAAUUUUGAUCUUACCAAACAUCCUUCAGAUAUAAUCACUGACCUGAACGUCUCAAGCCAUAUUCUCAAAUUCCUAUACAUACUAUCUUCACAUCUCAACAAGGUGGAUUACAAGAACUUCAACAUUGUCAUAUACUCCAAUCAGAGCUCAGAUGUUCUCACCUCGUUCAUAUUGACAUUAUCAAACUUCCUCAAUGGCUUUGAUAAGUCGUACUUCCACAACGACAAGAUCUUAUACUUUCCCUUGAUAGAACUUGUCAACUGGGAAGAGCUAUUGAAGUUCAACGAGCAUACAAAGAACACAAAAAUAAUUGGAACUAAUAACAUCAUCUUGAAAGAUUAUGACAACUUUUUUGACUUCUUUUACAAUUUGGACUCUUCCGAAAUCACCGUCUCUGGUUCCUUAGAUAUCCAUCCAGUUGCAUUCCCAAAGACAGGAGAUUUCAUGGAAUUGAUCCAAAAAUUGCUGCUAGAGAAGCAUGACUACAACACAGUAAGGAUCUCUCUUCAAAGAUUCAACAUAUGGGAAAUACUCAAGAUCCUUGCAAGAAAUGAAACUGAACAGAACGAAUUAAACUUGAGAGAUUACUAUCUGACAAGGAAUAAGAACAUUGUCAUUUUCGAUGAGUUUUUUGACUUUAAGAUAACAAGACUUUUGGACAUUUUGAAUCAAUUCGUUAAGCAUAUACAAUCAAAUGACUACAGCGAAGAGGCAAUUUCACAAUAUUCAUACUUUUAUUCAUUCUUCACUGACUUUGUCACAAGUGCUAUAAAGGGACGAUUGGAGAUGUUUCUCUACAUGUGUGAAAUCUUUCCAUGUUUUGUUGAAUCUCCUCAUGACUUGCUAUUUGACAUGAGCAAACAUUUUGGAACGGAUAAGAAUUUGUUAAGCUUAUUGUUUAAACCAAUCAUGAUUCAAAAUCAAGCACUGCAAAGUCGCAUUCUAGAGCUUUACCAGACAUUGAAGAAAAGUUCCUUGACAAUCAUUUUAGAGCAUCGUUUGAACCCAUUUGUAAGGAUUCUACUAGAGGAAAAACUUAAACAACCGUGAAUUUUGACAACUAAUAACUGGUUUAAUUAAGUGUGAGACCAAUCUUCUUCUCCAAUGGGAAGAGUCUGUAGUUAUUCAUGUGAUGAAAUCUCCAUGGACAAUCCAACUUGUCUAAUAUCACUUCGAAGAAUUGUAAGUUGCUUGUGUUCAAAUCAAUCUCACCCAUUGCUCUUUCCAAUUCAUCUUCAUUAUGUAUCGUCUUUGAAAUGCAAUGGCCCUGAUUACCA